CCCCUCCGGUCCUGGCAGGUUGCACGGCGCGGCUCUCCCGCCUCCCCGCUCACAGGUGACUCCCCGGGAGACUGCGCUCUGCGGGAUUUGGAGGAAACACCGGAGGUUUCCCCCCUCGCAGCCCUGGCAUUAAAGUCCACUCGCGUUCUGAGGAGAGGGCAGGAGUUACAGAUCACUGUGCGUCCUUGAGAGGAGCCCCGGUCCCCUCAGUCCUCCGCGCCUCCCUCUCUACUUCCCAUAUUGUCUUCUUGUCUGUUUUCAACGCGUCGUCCUGCUCAAACGUGAGGACAGCAUGACCGGAGGACUGAAGGACGGCGAGACUGAGGAGGAGUAUCUGCGUUCGCCGUUCAUCCGAAAGCAAGGGAACAUAUACAAGCCCAACAACAAAGACAUGGACAACGACAGUCUGAACGAGAAGACGAUGGAGGACAUCCACACCAAAGAGAUCGACCUGGUCAACCGGGACCCCAAGCGCAUAAAUGACGACGUUGUCAAGGUGGACUUUGAAGACGUGAUUGCCGAGCCUGCAGGGACCUACAGCUUCGACGGCGUGUGGAAGGCCAGCUUCACCACCUUCACCGUCACCAAGUACUGGUGCUACCGACUGCUGACGGCGCUGGUCGGCAUCCCCCUGGCGCUCAUCUGGGGAAUCUUCUUUGCCAUCCUGUCCUUCCUGCACAUCUGGGCCGUGGUGCCGUGCGUCAAGAGCUACCUGAUCGAGAUCCACUGCGUGAGCCGCGUCUACUCCAUCUGCGUGCACACCUUCUGCGACCCGCUGUUCGAGGCCAUGGGCAAGUGCCUCAGCAGCAUCCGAAUCCGCAUGUCCAAGGAGGUGUAAGCGUCCCGACAAGGAGGAGGAGGAUUAACGGAGGGGUGGGGGGUGGGGGCGGGGGGGUUGGGGGGGUGGGAGGGCGCGUACUAACACAGAUGGAGUGAGAAGUCAGAACAGAAAAAUGAGACCUCUGGAAAAGGAGGGGUGAGACGUUUCCAGAGCUGGGCGGGGGGAUGUCUGGAGGUGAGGAGGCGUGGUCACCUGGCACCUGGCACCGCCCUUUUCCACCAACUGUUUUUUUUUUCUCACCAGUGUUGGCGUAACCAAACGGGUGGGCACAAGAAAUCAAAGGGUCAUUCUACGGGGUCGUACUUGUUGUAUCGUUCUGUUUUUUUGUUCCGUAGUCGUCGUUUUUUUUUAUUCCUCACUGUUAACUUUGUGGAGCAGGCGACCAGGCCCCACAUCUGUUUUUUUUUCUGUUAGUGUUGCCACACAAUGUCACGUCCCUCCAUUCCUGCUAUUUUCCUUGGAGAGCUUAUCACUCUGAUCGAGUCAUGUGAAGUUGGGGAUGUCACAGUGUAUCACUGUCUCCUCUUGCGCUCGUCUGUAUUUGCUUCGAAGCCUCUGGGCGGGGGCCGGAUGCUGGGGGAUGCUCUCGAGCUGGGAGGGUCAAAGCAGAGAGGGGGUGGGAAGAAAAAAAAGGCCGCUGCCAAAUUCUGUCCGACUCAGCGGAAAAAAAACAACAAAAAAAAAGACAACCCCAACAAGCUGAACAGCACAGCAGCACGGCCCCGCGUGACCCCACAUGACCUCCAACCCGGCCACCAAAACAACCUCCCGUCCCAUCCCGUCCCGCCCCUCCUAGCCCCCCCCGCCCAGCUUUCCAGCAGUCUGACACACUGAACCUGCCCUCGAUCCUGCAUGCACCUGCGUCACCUUGCCAGCAUAACGCGCCGCCCGCGCCUGCCGAUGCAGGAAUGGUAGUUUUUGCGGCUCACUUCGCUCUCUGCUUCAGCUUAACCCCCAAAAGACGGAAGAAAAAAACUUUCAUCCCCAUCAUCCUCAUUGAUUGCAUGAGUGCGUAACAGAGCAUGUUUGCAUUUGAACUUUACAAAAAAACUUUUUUUGAAUCAUUGUUUUGUUUCUGUUUUUUUUACUCCCAAGUACAAAUACACCUUUCUUUUUUUUUUCUCGUGAAGCUCAACGCUUUUCCAUGCACGUCAUUAUAGCUUUUUUUUUUUUUUUUUCUCCUACACUUUUGAAAAAUGAAGAACUUUGAGGGGGGGGGGGUCGUUUCAAUGCCAUUGUUUUUUGAUAACCUACAUGUACUGUAUGGGUGUUUAUGCAGAAAAUACGAUUUCUACAAGCUGUGGCCUCAUUCCAGUGCACUAAUCUUUGGGAAAGUAUUGUACGUGAAUAGCGCUGAUGAAAAUCUCCCGUUCUCCACAACUCAUUUUCAGAGGCCGUGGAGUACUAGCAGACACUUUGGCACGCUUAGGUCGUGCCGUUGCGAGUUUGGCGCGCGGAGAUUCUUCUGACGCACUGUGGUACUUAACGCAGGUUAAUGCAUUGGAAUAAAGACAAUGUGAGGUGGAACGCGUGAUUCCGGAUGCUAGUGUUAUUUGUUAUCUCGUCGUGAUAUUGCAACCAAUCCAAUUUUUUGUACUGAUUCUACUAUACCCUGAAAAGUUUCUCAUGCCGUCUCUCGCUCCCUCGACCGUGGACACGAUGCUCAGAAGCGUCAAACUGGCGCCUCCCACCCGGGGGACGGGUGAGGUCGGGGCGGGCGGGUGGGACAGUGGAGGUUUAUAGAGACUUUAAGCUCGCUUUGACUCCGUCACCUUCGGUCGACCUGCUGUCUUCUCACAGGGAUGGUAACAUCACAGCACCUGUUCCUUGAAAUGAGCACUUUAAGCUCAAAAGGUGAUAUUUUUAUAAAGAUGAUUUGUUUUUUUCUCCUUCCUUGCUUUUAUUGUAUAAUGUAACGCUGUGCACAUUAAAAUUUAAUAUAAUCCAGUG